AUGUCAAACAUGGACCGGUUCACCAUUCACUCUCAGCUGCAGCAUCUGCAGAGCAAAUACCCUGGAACUGGCAAUGCAGAUACAACGAGACUGGAGUGGGGGCUGAACAUUCAGCGGGAUACUCUGGCGUCUCAUGUAGGGCACUAUAGCAGGCUAGCCUACUUUGCGGUUGCGGAAAAUGAAAGUAUUCGGCGGAUACGUUACCGAUGCCUUUCCCAAAUGGUCAAUCCCACGGGCGUUACUGAGACCCCAUCUGGAGCCGCUACCGUUGGCGCCGAGGGGGCCUCAAAGGAAUCGGAGAUUGAACAGGAUGCAGACGCUGCGAAGGAUAUCGACGGUGGAAAGGAUGAAGUUACUAAGACCAAGGAAGAAAAAGAAGAGGACGAAGAUGUAGCAAUGGAUGAGGGAGAUGACAUUUAA